CUUGCAGUCAGGCGUUUACCCAAAGGCAGGAGGAUUUGAAGGACUUUGAAGCCCUGUGUGUAGCUGUGACUCUCUGGGUUCCAGCACUGGCCUGAAGAGCCCUGCUCUUCCUGCCUCUUCUCUGGACAUAUUCUGUGGAACCUGGAGGCACAAUGACAUCUCGCCCUCGGAGCCAGCGAUGCGACCCCUCUUCAGAGCGCAGCCCCAACGGACCAAGCGGCGGCCACCCCCGCGGGUAGGCACCGGGACGCCCCCCGUGCCCCCCGGCUCUGCGGGACCCUCUGACCCGCCGGGGGAGCCCGAGGCACCGGUAGGGCGGCGGCUGGGAGUCACAGGUACCAAACCAAAGAUGUCCUGGACAAGAAAGAUUCUACUCGUCCUGGGAUUCCUCUCUACUUUGGCUGCAAUUGCUUUAAUUACUGUAGCAGUGACCCAAAACCAGCCACUUCCGAAGAAUACUAAGUAUGGGAUCGUGCUGGAUGCAGGGUCAUCCCACACUAACCUGUACGUGUACGAGUGGCCAGCCGAGAAGGAGAACGACACCGGGGUGGUGCAGCAGGUGGAGGUGUGUAAAGUCGAAGGCCCUGGGAUCUCAGGUUACUCCCGUGACACGGAGAACGCAGGCCACUCUCUGGUGCAGUGUCUCCGACAAGCACAAGGUGUGAUUCCCUCAAAGCAGCACCAGGAGACCCCCGUCUACCUCGGAGCAACUGCCGGCAUGCGGCUCCUCAGCUUGGAGAAUAAAAAUGCAGCUGACAAAGUCUUGUCAUCAGUAGAGAAGACGCUACGGUCAGCUCCCUUCAACUUCCAGGGUGCCAGAAUCAUCAGUGGUCAGGAAGAAGGAGCCUAUGGAUGGAUCACCAUUAACUACCUGCUGGGUAAUUUCAAGCAGUCUGGCUGGACAAAACUUCUACAUUCCCUGAAAUCCGUAAGUGAGACAUCGGGAGCAUUAGACCUUGGAGGAGCUUCAACACAGAUUACUUUUGUACCAGAUGAAAGCCCUUCUGAGUCCCCAGAGAACCUGCUGUAUUUCCGCCUCUAUGGCAAAGAUUACCGAGUGUACACGCACAGCUUCCUCUGCUAUGGGAAGGACCAGGCUCUGCAACAGAAACUGGCCAGGGAUCUACAGAGCACAGAGAGCAGCAGCAUCCUUGAUCCAUGCUUUCACCAAGGGUAUCAGAGAACUAUAAAUAUCAGUGACCUCUUCAAAAACCCUUGUACUUCAGUCGAGAAAAAGCCAUUUCCUUUCAGCCAGCUGUACGUUGAAGGAGAGGGGAAUUAUGAAAAGUGUCGAAGAAGCAUCCAGAAUCUCUUUAACAAAACCAGCUGUCCUUACUCCAGCUGCUCCUUCAAUGGGAUAUACCUACCUCCGUUGCAGGGGGACUUUGGGGCUUUUUCUGCUUUCUACUUUGUGAUGAACUUUUUGAACCUGACAAACGAAAACCCCUUUGCCCUGGACAAAGUGGCCAGUGCUGUUCAGAGCUUCUGCGCCCGGCCUUGGCAUGAGGUAAAGCAAGCAUAUCACCAUAUAAAAGAGAAGUACCUGAGUGAAUAUUGCUUCUCUGGGGCUUAUAUCCUCUCUCUGCUGGAAAAUGGCUAUGAAUUCACUAAAGAGAACUGGCAAAGGAUCCACUUCCUCGGAAAGAUUGGCAGCAGCGAUGCAGGCUGGACCCUGGGCUACAUGCUGAACCUGACCAACAUGAUCCCUGCGGAGGAGCCCGCUGCACCCCCUCUUUCCCAUGGCAGCUACGUGGGGCUGAUGGUGCUGUGCUCCCUCGUGCUGGUAUCUGUGCUCGUGCUUGCCUGGCUUCUCUUCCACAAGCCCAAGUGCCUGCAGAAGGGGAUUGUUUAGGAAGAACUGUGGAGGGAGAGGGGCCGUGUCACCCCAGCCGCUCAGGGCCAGGAGCCUGCUGCAGGGCAGGCUGUACCACAGAGCCCUUCUUGCUGAAGCUACUGACUGUGUACAACAAGGGCAUUUAUCUCUUUUGACUCUCACUUGCACUGACAGACGUCGGGGCACCAGGCUCGCCACCUCCCUCUGCCAAGGACUGACAAGCAGGUGUCCCCUUCUUGAAUGGGUUGUACUUUUCGUUCACUGAAACUCUGCUGCUUGUUGGUUUUUUGCCUUGUGCACAGCAUUAUGAAGAGAAAAGCAGCAGCAAUCUUUGGGAGACGGUGCUCCUGCAAGGGUUAUCUCAGGGUCCCACAUGCCACUGAGCUCUUGGGAGUGCUCGCACACAGGGUGAUCUGGCUCCUCCUCUGCUGAAGCUGUUCCCAUUCCCCAGAGCCCUUCCAGCAGGGAAACUGCACCAGCAGACCUCUGCUGGGUAUGGUCACCUGUAGCCUGCUGGUCCCCAAGGACUGGCCACGCUCCCACAUGUCACUCUGGAACAAGAAGGGAUGAGGAUGAAGAAACUGAACAUUCUGGCGGUCAUCAGUCCUUGGCUGGGCUCUGGGAGCGACCUGCUCCUUUCACAGGUGGCAAGAAGCCUCUUUCCCACGUCUUCCUGAUGUUGUUGCUGGACCAAAGCUGGCUCGCUGUUAUGCUGAGCCAUUCCCAUGUCCCUAGGGUGACUGUGCAUCGAGAUGCGAAUUCCCAGACAGGCAUUGCUGAUUUUUUGUGGGAAGAGCUCAUACUGGCCACGGAUCCUUGACCAGUAGUGAGCACUUAUGCCUGCAGGGACUCUGUUCUGAUUAGCAUGCCUACAGGUAGAUAUCCACUAAAGCAAUCCAGUGUCACUGUGCUGAUCAUACAGCAGUCUCUGACCCAGGGAAAAUGUUUAUCGGGACAUGUUCCUUUAUAAAAAGACAGCUGGCAGCAGUUAGCCAGCAUGGGCACACACAGAUAGAGCCACUCUUUCCAUCAGCAAAAUCAGUGAAAAUUUGCUUUUUCUUCCCUCAUGAGAUAGACUUAUCCCAAGACCAUAAGACCCAGGGUCUGCAAGUGCACAUACUACAGCCCAUCUUCUAGCAUGAAGCUAGGGGGGUUCCACUGAUCAGAAUUAGGAAUCUUUCUUCUAUUUCCCACUCCUUGGUCAUAAAAGAGAGGUAAGUCAGAAAUCCAUUUUUAUAAUACUUGGAAACCACUGGUGCCUGUUUACCUCCCAAGAGAUCUCAGAAAUCUCUUCUAAUGACAUGUAUGUGCUGGAGGCAAAAAGCAGGUAUUGCAGGGAGAAAGGCAUGGCACACAGACACCUUAAUGUAUUUCCCCGAGCAAAGAUGCAAAAGGUACAGGGGAGAAUGUGCAACCUGGAUGAAACCUUCUCUUUUGUGCAAGCACAGACUUAGAGCUCAGGGCUUUCAUGCUCUCCCAGCUUGUUCCUCUGCCCAGUGCAGGCUGGAAAAUGUCCCCCAGUUAUUUCUACUUCAUGCCUGGAAGUAGGAACCAUAACAUUGAAGGACCUAAAGGUAAGGGGAAAAUCUAUCCUGUCUUAUGGUAAGAUGUUUGGGCAGUUCACUGUUCUUCCAAAAAUCUGUCUUAUUUUUACUCUGAAUUAGCUGGCUACAGCUUCUUAUGAAUCUUGAUCUGCCCAUUUCAGAAAGACUGAAUAACUCUGCUAUCAAAAUCCCUUUUUCUUUGUUGGUGCUUGCAAGUCGUCAUUGUAUCACAUUAAAUAGAUUGACCUUCAAUCUGUGAAGUGCUUUGUUGUGGCCUCACUUGUAGCUCUUGAGUCAACUUUGAAUUUUUUUACAUCUUUCUGAAGUUUGGACACCAAAGCAAGUGGUAGUAGACACCCUAAUAGUGUAUAUAAAAGUAAUACCCUCUGUUCCUGAUCUACACUCUUUUUUCCUAUUCAUAUAUCUCAGGGUCAGAUCUGUUCACUGAAGAGAAGGUUUUAUAAGGGACUACUUUGUCCAGUUUAGCUAUUGCAUCUUGGCCAUUUUCCCCCCAUGUGGCAAAAAUGGCCAUGAAAAGGCAUCAGAAUGGCCACUGUCUUACAGCAUACAUCACUGUUUCUUAUCAUGAGAUACUUUGCCUUCCACGUGGCUCUGUUGAAGUGCAUACCAUUUUAAGAACGUUUCCCCAGGCAAGUGGUCCAGGUCAACCCACAAAUGACAUUUCCCCACACUUUGUUCGUUUGCCAGUUUAUUUUGUCUGCAAAUACACUGAGAUGUGGGGAUUCAUCUAGAGACAGUCUUCCUUCUGAUCUUUUCAGCAAAGAUCCAUAGAUAAGAGAUUAACAGUAAGUUUUGAUCAUGGAAGCAAGGUAGGAGACUUCAUGGCAGAACAGCCAGCUGCCAGGGCUGCUUAGGUUUGUCUGUGAUGCUGGAACUGGCAGAUCUAUCAGGAAGUUUCUGAAACUGAUGUAGAAACUGGUUUGUAGUGAAUAUCUGUGUUAGUCUGGUCCCUGCUAAGAUUUUAUGCCAAAGGAAAAGAGGUGGGAUACAGAACCUGGGUGAAGAGUUUUAGCAACACUUUAUAUCUUUACUGCAAGUGCUGUGUCCUGUUUACAAAACAAAAUAAACAAAAUGCAAAUGUAUUUUGAGUGCAACCUAAAGGCCCAAAACUGAGAAAAAAUACAAGACAUAAGUUCCAUUAUUUUUCAACCUUAUGAUUUUUAGAUCACAUUUAUGAAACGAUCUCCAGAAUUAGAAUUGCUGGGGAGAUACCAGACAUACCACUUAAAAAUCAGUUAAGCAAGCUGAAGCUCCAGGAAUGUGUUGAUUGAAGGUAUCCUACCACGGCAAGACCCUUUCAUAUCACUAGCUGGAGUUGAAUCUUCCCAGCAAAGGAUAUGAUUUUCCUUCCCCUCCACAUUCUCUGCCAUUGCAGGACUUCAUUUUUGGGGGCUGCCCAAAAUCCUGUCUUGGAGUUCAGUUUUAGUGGAUGUUCAUGUGUUUACUUCUCUGCUGUGUCUGACCUAGCUGCAUUUGGCUCAAGUGUGUAUUCCAGAGUCACCCAAGGUCAAAACCCACCAUGAAGACUAUGAAAGAUAGUGGGAAGAUAUGUCAGAUGGUAAUAAUGUGGUAUCACUUCUCUUGUUAAUGCAGUUGAUCUGCCUCUCUGAUAAUUAUCUGUGCCUUAUUUCUAAUUUUAAUAGAUUCUGUCUUUAAUUUCCAGCCCCUGGCUCCUGUCUGGUUUUGGUCUUCUAGGUUAAAACACCAUGAGUUCUUGUCUUGCAAAUAUUUACAUGCUGCUCAGCUCUGCUGGGCUGCAUCUAUCUCAGACCCUGCUCUCUCCUGUCUGUGUGUUUUGUCACAGAGCCCUGAGAGGUGCUGCAGCGAUCUGGGGUGGGUGUCCUGGGAUGAGGUCUGACUUGGGCACGGGUACUGAGAGGUCCCCUUUUGGGAAGGUCCCUUUGGGACUUGCUCAUCUGGCAAAGCACAGGAGCAGUCUGACCUCUUUGGGACUGAUGACUUCCACGAGCUCUCUCCUGUUCACCCUAGUGCUGGGUCUGAGGCAGAACUAUCAGUGAGACUGAGAGUUUGGGGGGAAAGAGAAAAGCAGCAGCUCUUGCAGAGAGCAACCUGUCCCCACAACAGGCUCUAAUGAGUACCCUCACUCCUCCCCAGCCCAGCUGGCUGUCCUCUCGGCAAAGGCUGCAGCUGCUUUCUCCAGCCCUGCAGCAAAGCCCAGUAAAGCCAGCCAGCUCGCUGGAGGUCCCCUCUCGGAAGUGGGGCCACCACCUCUGUGGCGAGAUGCUGACUUGCAGUGUUGGCACUGCCUGGGGCUCCCCAGCCUCUCCAAGAGCAGCUCCCAGCUGGAUCCGUGCCCCCUCCUCGUCUGUCCCAGGUUCCCGGCUGCUCCGUGCCAGGGCCAGGCCCUGCGGGGCUGCUGGCUGCAGCCCAGAGCCCUGUGGCCUGUCGGGGCUGGGGGCCAGGCCAUGGUCAAUAGUCCGUGUGCCCUGCCGCCCAGGCCCUGCGCUUCCUUUGUGUGUCUCGGCCCUGCAGAAGUGGAUCUCAGUUUGUUUUGCUGCACACACCGAUCUCUGUAUCCUUAUCACAAUAAAGAUUUCUCAACCUGU